AUGUUUUCAGAAGAACACGGCACUUCGGCGACUGCCAACAGCUCCCAAGAGCAGCAAAUUACACAUACAGACGGCCCUACCCACCCCAACUUCGAUGCGUCUUCCGCUACAAGCCCACCGAGUUCUGCGUUGAUCACUCGCCUCGAACUACUCUCUACCCGCGUUCCAGAUUUCUAUAUUGCCCCCUUUUGCGGUGCCAGUGCGGGUGUCGCGUCAGGUAUUGUGACAUGCCCUCUCGAUGUGAUCAAGACCAAGUUGCAGGCCCAAGGAGGGUUUGUGCGGAGAGGCGGGCAGGUGGUUGAAACGAAAGCGUUAUACCGAGGCCCCAUGAUUUUGGGAUAUUUGCCUACAUGGGCAGUUUAUUUGGCAGUUUAUGAUAGGUCUCGGGAAUAUUAUCAUGAAGUCACCGAUAGCUGGUGGCUUGCAAGAGGUUAUGCUUCUCUAACGGCUGGCGCUUGCUCUACAAUUGUGACUAAUCCGAUUUGGGUCAUCAAAACGCGACUUAUGUCACAGAGCCUUAGAUCGGAUAGCGAGGGUUUCCGUGCUCCAUGGCGGUACUCGGGCACAUGGGAUGCGGCUCGCAAGAUGUACAGGACCGAAGGGAUUCGGUCAUUUUACGCGGGGCUCACACCGGCAUUGUUGGGAUUGACACACGUUGCCAUACAAUUUCCGCUUUAUGAAUAUUUGAAAAUGGCAUUUACUGGGUAUGGAAUUGGGGAAAAUCCUGACCACGGUACCUCUCACUGGAUUGGGAUAUCGUUGGCGACAUUCCUCAGUAAGAUCUGUGCGAGCACAAUGACCUAUCCGCAUGAGGUACUGCGAACGAGACUUCAAACCCAACAGAGAACGUCUCCUGUGUCUUCUCCGGAAGAGAUAGCCUUCCGCGGAGGAGUAGACCACCCAGAGUGCCGUGGUAGGCCUCCAACAGCGGCCUCGUCGGAUGGCAUGCCUAAUCGGCCUCGGUAUACAGGGAUCGUUCGUACGUGUCAGACUAUCUUGACAGAAGAGGGUUGGCGAGCAUUUUACUCAGGAAUAGGCACGAACCUAUUCCGUGCUGUUCCAGCCGCCAUGACUACCAUGCUUACAUACGAAUAUCUACGGAAAACCAUUAACCACCUUCAACACGAAGGGGCAUUGAAGCAGCAGAUGGCAGAAGCAGCUAAAGACCCCUCCGGUAUAUGA